AUGUCUACUGAAACCACCAACGCAGCUAAGGCCCAGCAGGAAUGGAAGCCUCCCCAAGAAGGCUCCCCAUGUUGGGUGGAGAUCCCUGCACGGGAUACUGAAGGACUAAAAGUUGGUUCGCGGACAUACGGCGACUCUGAUGAGUUUUGUCUGUCGUGUGCCAUAUUUCCGUCCUGGGAAUGGAGACCGGCUCAAUCGGCUGAAGGCCAAAGCAAAGUGCAGCAAUAUAGUUUCGCUGAACCGAAGGGGUUCGCGGGAGGCAUCGUCCAGAUGCCGGAGGGCUACGCUCCAACAGAGCAGAUUAUGGGCAGUGGGAUGACCGUGUACUACUCGGUCGAUUCCCUUGAUAUGAUGGAGAAGAGAAUUCACGAACGUGGUGGUAGUACCUGUCUCGGCAAGACAACUGAGAGUUCUCAUGGGUGGUUUAUGAACUUCCGUGAUCCUGAAGGGAACCGAUUUGGUUGCUACGAGUUUCGUCGUAGCUAG